AUGGUCAUUACUAUAACAGCAAUACAGAAUGAUAAGAUAAGAUCGACUUUGUUAGGGGUGAGAAGCAGACUGGAACAUGAGACUUGUCACGACCGCUUUGAGGAUACAGGUCUGGUUGUUGAGUGGGUUGGAAAGUAUCGCCAUGGAGGCUUCCAUCUAGUACACCUCCAUGAUGUCUUCAAUCAAAAAUAUGAGGCUAUUGCAAAAUUGGCAUAUGGUAGUUCCGCUACAGCCUGGCUAGCGAAAGAUCACCUACUUCAACGACAGGUCGCGCUAAAAAUAAAGAAAGCAGAGGACUCCAAAGAUAACAAGGAACUUUCUUUCCUGCUAUACAUAUCUCAUUCAACCUUGGACCACCCGGGAAGGAAGCAAAUAAUUGAGCUGCUAAAUUACUUUGAGCAUGUCGGUCCAAAUGGAACCCAUUUGUGCCUUGUCCUCCCUCUCAUAAUUUCUGAUGCUGAGAUUGGGGAUCCUUUUACACCGCCACGCCAGCCAUGUUAUGUACAGACUGUCUCCAAGCAAGUCUUAUUGGGUCUCGAUUUUCUUCACGCUAUAGAUAUCAUUUACGGUGGUAAGAACAUCCUGCUUUCAUCCUCUAGUGAUGCGCACAGCGAAGUCUCUUUAGAACCCGGCGAAUGGUAUCCUGUCAAAUGGCUUGAAGGGGUGCAGGCUGGUGAUAGUGUUCCGAGAUAUUUAAUUACUUCACAAAGAAAGGAGGACCAACUAAAAGAUGCAGACUACUCAACGCUCACAGCUAAGAUCUGCGAUUUUUGCGGAGCUCAAUGGAGGCAGCAAUACAAUCACCAACCAGAGCUGCCCUAUCCAUUCGUAUUCUAUUUUGCAACGAACGAACCAAUGUCCCCUGUAGUGAAAUGGGGUCUCACGGACGAGGAAGUUGACCAAGAUCAUUGGUAUCAUAUCAGUCGCAUCUUCAAGACCGAUGAGCCGGCGCAUGAGAGCUUCCUGAGAUACUUGAAGGGAAAGUUACCUAACUUCGGUUCCCGAAAGAUUCAGCGUCUUGUAUCCUUCCUCUUGUUGAUGAUGGAACAAGACCCUUGGAAGCGGAUGCCAACUACCAAGCUACUCGAGCAUCCGUUCUUGGUGGAAAAUCCAGAAUGA